GGCACCUUCCUUGGUUAUCAUUGUAAAAUAUUCGUCAACCUACCACAAUGUUCUGUAAACUUAUUCUGGGGUUGUUCCUGGUGGUAGCUGCAAGCUAUGCUGAGGAAUUCGAGAACGAUAUACCCGAGAAAUGCAGGAGCAUGUCCGUCACCCCCGUAGCCUGCCCGUUCCCAUCGCGCGACGGCCUGCACCCGCACCCGGACGCCUGCGACCUGUUCUAUUACUGCCCGCCGGGCCACGUGGCGCCCAUCUGCCGGCAGUGCCCGGCUGGGCUGCACUUCAACCCGGACACGCAUGUCUGCGAUCACCCGGGCCGCUCUGGAUGCCGUUAAUAGUACCCCCAACCGGGGUCCCUUUGUUUCACAUAAUUAUUGAGUCAUAAUGUAAAGCUCGCUCCAGACUACGCGGUGCGAAGCCGCGAACGCGAGUGUGGAGUUGCGCCGUGAUUCUCGCAUGAGUGUGGAGAGACCUUAAUGAUUGUCAUAUUAUCAUUAGUCAUAAUUCUACUGAAACCGUUAACUUUUCAGGAUUUUCCUCGGGUUAUCCCAUAGAUAGGUUAGGUUAGGUAUCUUUUAUGGCAAUCCUGAAAAGUUACGCGUUUCUGAGAAAAACCAAAUUAUGACUAAUGAUAAUAUGACAAUCAUUACAUUAUGACUUUCAAUAAUUAUGUCAAACAAUAGAGACCCUUUCCAACCUGAUAUUGCAAUGGAUACUUACUGAUAGGUACUGAAGAAAUGAGGGCUAUCGUUUUUUUGCUCACCAGUUGGCGCCUCUGUUGAUGGUGGUCCAAAAGACUAAAGAACAGCUGUCAGUCAUUUAAGUGACAUUUGACAUUUCGAACUAUGGAAAAGACCACCAUCUACACUAGCGCCCCUAGCGGCGAAUUCAUACGCGUUAGCCCUCAUUUAGAUGCCAUCAUUAUUAAUAUAACAGCAUUAUUCGAACGA